CAGCUAUGUGAGGGGUCCGGACACAUCUCUUUGACUAUGGUGCGUUACUACAAUCCUGGGGGCCGGGGGAGAAACGGACAUCCGUGUGACGGGAAAUUCUUCUUCAGCGGAAGUGACUGUGACCACAGAUUUACCAUCUGUCUGGACCAGUCAAAUGGACCCAACAAUGUAUACAGGUGUCCUUAUGGAAGAAAAUCAACAGGCGAAGUUUCCAACAAUAACAACAACUACUUCGGUGGAAAUGUAGGAGGUGUGGCAAACCCAAUGAUAUUUCCCUUCGCCCUAUGGCCGGGUGGCAUUAAGAUUAAGGUAGAAGUAUGGGAUGUUGACGACAACAGCGAUGAUUACGUUGACUUCCUGGCUGCUAUUUAUAGAACUAUUCCUGGUUUCAACGUCACUUCCGCUUCGUUAGUACCGUACACUCUCAGCUCACGCACAACGUUAUGGUUAAGAUUGAAGGUUUACUGCGACCAGGAUUAUUAUGGGGAAAACUGUGCCACUUUCUGUCAGUCACGUGACGAUCGUUUCGGACACUAUACCUGUGACCCCAAUACGGGAUCUAAAAUAUGUUUGAAAGGCUGGCAGGGGACACUAUGUCAUGUCCAGAUUGACAACUGUCUCAGUUCACCCUGUGUAAAUAGCGCCACCUGUGUCAACUCACACGGAGGCUUUCUUUGUGUCUGUGCGGACGGAUUCAACGGCACACGAUGUGAAAUUGAUUUAGAUGAGUGUCGAUCCUCCCCUUGUCAAAAUAAUGCAACUUGCACAGACCUUAUAAAUGGAUUUCAUUGCACGUGUUUGAAUGGAUUUUCUGGAAAGACGUGUUUGGAAAACAUAAACGAUUGUUUGUUAAUCCCUUGUAAAAAUAAUGCUACGUGUACAGAUCUGAUUGGCGGAUUUAAAUGUCAAUGCAGAGGGGGUUGGUCAGGUAUGCAUUGUGACGUCAAUAUUGAUGAAUGUAGCAGCAGUCCAUGUCAUGGGAAUGCAACAUGUGUAGAUGAUAUAGAUAGCUUCCGGUGCAUGUGUCCUCGAGGUAUUACUGGCAGACUUUGUGAUUCUGAUGUAAAUGAAUGUCGCAAUUUUUCAUGUGGAAACGGAGGUACCUGUGUUAAUACAGUCGGAAGCUUUUACUGCGCAUGCCCUGUGGCAUGGAUUGGGGAAACCUGUGAGAUAGAUGUAAAUGAGUGUGAUGACAAUCCUUGUAUAAAUGGAAAAUGCACUAAUUUAGAGGGAGAUUUCUAUUGUAAUUGUUCCAAGGGGUGGAUUUGUGCUUUAUGUGAUGUUGAUGUUGAUGAAUGCGUGUCCUCCCCCUGCUUUGGAUCUGCCACCUGUGUAAAUAGUAAUGGCAGCUUCUCUUGUGUCUGUCCACCAGGUUAUUCUGGUAAAGUAUGUGAACAAAAUAUAAAUGAAUGCAAUUCCAAUCCUUGCUUACAUAAUUCCACAUGUAGCGACGGAGUGAACAAUUUUCAUUGUGCAUGUCAGUCUGGUUUUUCUGGUAAACGUUGUGAGAAUAACAUUGAUGAAUGCAUUUCCAAUCCUUGCCAACAUCAGUCCACGUGUAUCGACACAUUUGGGUCUUUUGAGUGUUUAUGUCCGCAGGGCAUUCAUGGAACUGUAUGUGAGGUUGAUGAAAACGAGU